AUAAUCUUUUUAUUUUCCGACCGGUUCACACGUUGUGUCUUCGAGAGGUUAAUUUACCAGGAAUCGGAACCAAAUACAUAAUAUUAAAAUAAAUUCGAUAUGAAUCAUUGAUAGUUUGAACAAUUGACGAGUUGCAAAGCGUAUUUGUUUUUUAAAAUGAAGGAAGUGAGUUACAUAUGCAGCGCUUGUAAUCGUGUCCCAAAUUCAGCGGACUGGGGUCAAAACGGAUUGAUUUGUUAUGGCUCGUGUAAUUCCAUAUCGAUUUACGAUCCGGAUUAUCGUAAAAUUGGAAAAGUAACGAAUACGCUUCACAAGCAUACAGGACGAGUGAAUAUUGUAAAAUGGUUGAGAAAAAAUGACUUGACAGCAGAGACAGAAUUGUUGUCAGGUUCGACAGAUGGUACAGCAGCAGUUUGGAGCAGAAAUGGAAAUUCUUGGGAUUGCAUGUCAUUUGAAGAUGGAAAUCCCUUGACUAUCGCUGACGGAAUUUAUUUGCGAGGAAUUGUGAAAAAUGACGAACUGUUACUCUGCACUGGAAGUACAGAAGGGACCUUUGUCCUCUGGCACAGGGAUGCUGAAAGAUCGAUUAAAAAAGUUCAAAAUUUGUCCUUUGGAAGAAGAAUUCCGACCGCUGCUCGUUUCUCCUUUGUGCCACGCUCCGAUAUUCCACUUGUUGCAAUUGCCAUAGACGAUUGCAGUAUUCAGAUUUUUUGCAGGGACGAGGAGGAAGAAGGAAUUUGUUUCAUUCACGUACAGACAGUUCAAAAUCAUGAAGAUUGGAUUACAUGCAUGGAUUUCAUGCGGGACGCCCUCGGAGAUUGUCACCUUGUAACAGGUUCCCAGGACACUUCUAUACGCCUUUGGAAAAUCUUUUUGGACGAAGAAGACACGGAGAGUGAACGAAAAAACGAAUGCCAGAGAAGAAUCAAAAGAUUUCAGUUGGGAAAUCUUGAAUUUGGUGUCACACUAGAAUCCAUUCUCAGCGGCCAUGAAAAUUGGGUUUAUGGAGUCCACUGGCAUCCCUGUGGCUCCGAUGAUUUAAAAAGUCCUUCCACACCUCUUGCUCUCCUUUCUUGUGCCAUGGACAAAUCUAUGAUAGUUUGGCAAGCGGACUCUAAGGACGGCGGUGUUUGGCGUGAAGCUCUCCGUGUCGGAGAAGUCGGUGGUAAUUCUCUCGGGUUUUAUGGAUGCAAAUACGCCCCUGAUGGACUUAGCAUCAUGGCGCAUGGUUUCCAAGGAUCUUUUCACAUUUGGAGUUAUAACCAGAAAGAACGGACGUGUGUUCCCAGACCAGGACCAACUGGACACUUUUCAGGAGUUGUUGACCUUUGUUGGGACCCUAAGGGCAGAUUUCUUAUCAGCGCGAGUACCGACCAAACAACGAGAAUCCACGCGCCCUGGAAAACCGAAUCCGGCGACGUUUGGCACGAGAUAAGUCGACCUCAAGUGCACGGUUACGACCUUAGCUGCCUAGCGAUUCUCGACUCUUAUACUUUCGCCUCCGGGGCCGAGGAAAAAGUCGUGCGAGUGUUUACAGCUCCAAAAACUUUUGAGAAAUAUUUAUCGACGAUCGCCUCAACGGAGGAUUGGCAGGGAAAAACAACAGAAGAAGCUUCUGUGCCUGCACUCGGUCUCACAAACAAGGCAGUUUUUGAGGAAAAUUCGACGGACGAGGAUCUCGAUUACGGCCGAGCACCAACGGAAGAAGAGCUAAUAAGACAUACUCUCUGGCCAGAAUUGCAAAAGCUUUACGGUCACGGUUACGAGAUAUUUUCCAUCGCGAGCAGAAGCGAUGGAAAACUUUUCGCCACUGCUUGCAAAUCAGCGAAUGCUGAACAUUCCGCAAUUAUCAUUUGGUCCACCGAAACGUGGUCGCAAGUACAAAAAUUGUCGUCUCAUCGCCUGACCGUAACACAAAUGGCAUUUUCACCGGACAAUAAACAUCUCGUCUCUGUUUCUCGUGAUCGACGUUUCACUCUCCAUCGUUGUGACGAAAGUUACCAUUACGAAAUAGUCGCCACAAGCUCCAAAAACAAUCCCCUUCAUGCCAGGAUUAUUUGGUGCUGCGCAUGGACUCACGAUUCUAAAUUUUUUGCCACAGGCUCUAGAGACGGUAGAAUCGGAGUGUGGAACGUUGAACCAAAAAAUAUAGAUAGUGGAAAUUUUGUAGCUAUGUUAGAGAUUGAAGAUUCAUCGAUCACGACUCUCGCUUUUGCACCUUCAGCAUUUGCUCGUGAUUCGUAUAUACUCGCUAUAGGCUUCGAUGACGGUCGCAUUGACGUACGAAAAGUCAUCCUCAAUAACGAUGCCACCGAAUGGCAAAUUUGUGCUUUGUAUGAUUCUUCUGAGGCCCAUCACUCCACGGUCAGAAAAAUCGCCUUUCGACCUCAUUCAACGAAUGCCGAUAAGAUUUUACAGUUUGCUAGUUGCGGCAUGGAUCACACUGUAAAAAUUCAUGAUCUUCAUGUCGAAGAUCUCAAUAUUCUGUAAAUUUGUAACUUUGGAUUAUAUUAAUCUUUUUCUUACUUUACAAAGUUGUAUUUUGAAUUUUUUUCCUCAGAUCCAAGAUAUGAAUUUACAAAAAAGAAUAUUCAACAAUAUUUUUCAGCAGAUUGCUAGAAUAAUUUCCAUGCAGAUUAUCAAUAGACGGAUCAUGCUUUGAAAGAAUGUCAAAAAAUGUAACUCACCCGACUUAUUUUCCAUCCCUUGGUCUUGUAAAUUUCUAUACUAUCAGUUCCAUUGUCAGUGGUAAUAACAGCUAAAUUUUUUCCAUUUGGACUAAACAAGACAUUUGUAUCCGUUAGAGAUUUCAAAUUUUGAAUGUUCGUUAUACUUUGAUUUUCAAGAGACCAAAUAGAAAUUUGGAUCUGAAAAAUUAGUUGCAGAAUAUAGAAAUAUUUUUAACUUCAGAUUGAGAAUAAUUCAAUAAGAAAUUCGAAGACACGAAAUUCUCACCUUUAAUUCUGCAAAUGAAAUUAUAUGGUUGCCAUCCGGGGACCACAUUACUUUUUCCAUUCCUGCGCUACCUUCCACAAAUUUGCAUUUCCAUUCUGGAUAAAAUAUCGAGAAAACUCGAAUAACACAUUUCUUUAUAUUCGCACAUAAAAUAUAUUGCGAAUUUGGUGACCAUUCAAUGUACUAAAAACAUAAAUCUUAUUAUUUUAUACAAAAAAAAAAAAUCACAAAAUAUAUCACGAGAGCCGAGCUUAACCUCAAUUACGUCAUCAAGCUCGUAAGAGUUCGUCGUAUCGAAAAUUCCACUUCUUUUUAUUAUCAAAUUUGACUGAUAAGCUAUUGCGAAAAAAUCACCGCACGGCGAAAAUUCACAUAAAUUAUUGUUAACUCGGAAUAUUGAACUCUCGGACUCGGACCCUUCCAUUAUGUCCAUUUGUUUUGACAUUUUGCGCGGUUUUUCGUACAUUAUUGACAAUAUUUAAAUGCCACACACGAGCGUGGAUUGGUCGAACAGCUUUUCCCACUCCACUCGGAGCUUGGAGCACGUAAAGUGGCGGUCUUCGCGGUGUAAAAUAAAAACACUGUAUGUCAAGUUUGAGUGAGUGAUUCUUCGACGUGAUCGAUCAUCAAUUCAUCAGCGAUCAAUUUAUUUUUUUAGUCAUAUUGACAUUCUUCGAUUUGUCAAUUUGGAAUUUCUCAAACGUACAAAAAAUUAUACGAUAAUGGAGAAGGCAAAACCGAG